AAUUCGACUUGCGUGGAUUUGACCUUCCAUAUACAAAACACAGAUCUGUGCGAGAAAUUUUCUCCGUGCAAGUAAUUCCACACUCUCCACCUGAAACUGACUUUACUGGUCAUCAACUUCAACUUCAUUCGUGUGUCGACUUUAUUGAGAGUAACAUCGCACAAAGCUCGCGUUUGUCAUUAUUAUUCGAUUUUAAGUUUAAAGUCGUUCACAGUGACAUUUAAUUAGUGUGAAUCAUAAGCUACAAAUGAACAUUGAUCAUUUUGUGAUGGAAUAAAAGCAUUGAGUGGGAAAAAACUCAAUUAAUUAAAAUUUAUGACUUGUAAGAGAGAAAAAAGAGGAAAAGAUUCUGUAAGAACUAAAUGAAAUUUUGUGCAUCAUUUUUUUUGUAAAUUUAUUAUUGUGGCCAUAAAGUGAAGUGUGAAUAAAAUAAUAUUUUAAAUCAAUCAUGCCUGAUACGGAGAUUGAACUCAUCGACAAGAAUUGUCUCAUUUCUGAACUGCGAAGUUGCAAUAGCAACAGCCCUAACAAGAAAGAGAUCAUCAUUUUGGAUUGUCGGAGUGCAAAUGACUACGCCUCAAGUCACAUCAAGCAGUCAGCAAACAUUUCUAUUCCUACAAUUAUGUUACGACGACUGAAAGAAGGGAAAAUUGAUUUGUUUAGUACAAUAAAGUGCAAGGAUCUGAAGAAUCGUCUUCUCGGCAUGGAUAUUCAAACACUUUUCGUGUUAUAUCAUAAUAGUCCUGCACAAUCAAGUCCCGAUAUCAUUCAGAUUCUCUCAAGAAAACUCAUGGCUGAAUUCAAUGAUAAGAAGAUCCGUGUUGCAUGCUUAGCUGAUGGCUUCCCAAAUUUCCAAUCAUCAUUUCCUGAAUGGUGCGAAGACGAACGCACAAACAACAUGCAAUCGAACUCAACUGAACAGUUGAUGGGAUUGAGAUCACUUCGUAUUUCUACACCGUUAUCGGAUUCAGCUUGUAGCAGCUCAACGGAGUCAUCAGAUGGUGAAAGUGCUUCCAAUUAUCCUCUGGAACCUUAUGGUGGUGAACCAAUUGAAAUUCUUCCGGGACUUUUUCUCGGUAAUGCAGCGCACAGUGAAGACAUCACAAAGAUACAAAAAUAUAAUAUUCGCUACAUCUUAAAUGUGUCAACACUCCCAAAUGUCUUUCAAGAUACUGGCAAGAUAGAAUAUCUUCAAAUACCAAUCACAGAUCAUUGGUCACAAGACUUGAGCGUUCAUUUUCCAUCAGCCAUUAAGUUUAUUGAAGAGGCAAAGUCGAAGAAUGUUUCAUGUUUAGUGCAUUGCUUAGCUGGUGUAUCGAGAUCGGUUACCAUAACACUCGCUUAUCUGAUGUUCGCAAAAGCCUUGGGACUGAAUGAUGCAUUUACAUUUGUGCGGGCACGUAAACCUGAUGUCUCUCCAAAUUUCCAUUUCAUGGAACAACUUCACACAUUCGAACGUCAAUUGAAAAAUGAUCCAAAUCGACGGCCCACGCCUUCAGCAUCGUCGUCAUCAAGCACACCAUCAACUUAUGAUCCAAACAGUAACACGCCAUCAUCAGCCACCUCAUCAGCAUCAUCAAUCAGAGAUCAUCGAUCGCGGUAUUUAUCACGUCAUGUGAAAUAUUCAUGUGCAUGUAAUGAGGUAGAUUGUAAGUGUAUGCAGCAAGAUUACUUGCUUGGACCUGGUACAGGAGUUUCGCCUGAUUCUGGCAUAGAAUUUGACCGUUGGACGCCAUCAGACAACACACCGAAGUGAGGAUUCUUGAGGAAUCGUCGUAAUGAGAAUUUAUAAUUGUUUUUGUACUAAAAUUAAGUUGCAUCAGAAAUCUGCUGCUAGUUUGAAAACGAAAAGAAAAGAAUGAAAUAUUUAGCGAGAGAAUUUAAAUUUAUUGUCCAAUGAAUAAGAAGAAGAAAAAAACAUAAAAAAAUAUCAAUGUAGUCAUAUAAGAGAAAAGGAAAAUCGUGGCCAUCAUAAAUUGAUGAAAAAGAAGAAAAAGAUAAUUAAUUAAGAAAUGAAGAAGAAAAGUUAAUGAAAAAUACUCGUAUGUAUCCACCCACGCUCCAAAUAAGGACAAAUCUUUCAGUCAAGUUAUGAUGCUGAAUGAUGAGAAAAAUAAAUUUUUCGAUUACAAAUCAUUUGAAUAAUGCGGACUUGGACAAAUUUCCUUCCUUUUUUGUAACGAUUUUCGAGCAUCUUAAUUUCCUUUUCUUUCCUUAAAAAAAAAUAAAAAGGAAAACAAAAAUAUAUUCAAAGUUAAUUAUCAAGAAAAAAGAGAAAAAGAAAGAAUGAAAAACAUGUGAUGAUGCAUUAAAGUAAAGUCACAAGUACAAAAUGAUGAAAUUUAUAGAAAAGGAAUUGCAGAAGAAAUGAAAUAAUUUCUUAAAGAUUUUGAUUAGAGCAUUUAAAGAGCUGAAAACCUCAAUUGAAAUGCCUCACAAUACAAUGUACAACUGAAUCAAGUAAACAUACAGAACAGACACGAAAGUUAUUUGCGGAAAGUUGUUAAUUGUUUAGAUUUUAAGAGAAGAGCUUUUAUGAAUGAAUUUUUAUGGUCAGGUGAUCUUAACUUCUUUAAUUAUUAUUCAGAUAUUGUGGAUAUUUUUGAAUUCUUUUACGUCUUUUCUAUUGUUUGAGAUAUUUAUGAACGAAUUUCCAAAACAAUUUAUUAUUCAAAUGUUUAACAAAUGUCGAUAAGAAGAAAGCUGCAUAAUUAGCAAAACAAACCAACAAAAUCAUUAAAUAAAAUACUAAUGAAGCCUAAAAAAGUUUUAUCUAAAUGUUAAUAAUCAAAUUGAGUAGUAAACUCAACUCGUCUGUCUCAUGAAUGCUCAAAUGAGCUUUUGAAUAAUUUGUGUUGAGAUGAGAUGCACAAACUGCGAAGAAUUUUUAAAAUGAGAAUAUAAAUGAAGACAAAAUGUAUUUUCUAUAUAAAAAAGGCAAAGAAAUCAUUCUUAUUCAUCUGAAAUUGAUAUGCGUUUGAAACUUAAAAGAUGAUUCACAAGAAUGUUGUUUAUUUUAAUUCAAGAAGAUUAAGAUACCUUUAGUGGUUUCAUUUAAAUUUCUACGCUUAGCCAAAAGCUUUAUGUAAACUAAUCUUAAAAAAAUAAAUGAAAUGAGAAACAUUUUCAGACUUAUCUUGUGAAUUAUCUUGAAA